AUUUCGAAUAAGAAAGAUUCACAAGCUAAUGAAAAUGUUCGAAAGAAUUGCAUUUUUGUAUGCAAUCGUAACUGUCUUUUAUAUACGAUUUAUAAGAGCAGGCUGUGACCCUGGAACUUAUGGUAAAGACGGAGAAUGUCAGAUCUGUCCUUCAAAUUACUACUGCCCAGGGGAUACCGAGGAGCCGUUUCAAUGUCCUCCGGGAUACGCAGCCUAUGAUGGUGAAGCCGAAUGCUACGAAGUGACACAAGAAGAGAUGGACUUUAACAUGAGAAGACAACUGUUCACUUGUGCUAGUCAGCCUGGAUACUAUUGCAAUAGUGGUACUGAUAUAUGUCCUAUUGGAUACACUUGUACAGGUGGAGCUAGAACUGCCUGCCCAGCAGGUAAAAUGUGUCUCAAAGCUAAUAAUCUUCAAGAGAACUGUCCAACAGGUUAUUACUCAGAUAACCUGGAUUCUUACUGCCAUAUCUGCCCUGCGGGUUCAAGCUGAGUCAGCGGCAUAAAGUCUACAUGUGGAUCGGGUACAUAUUCAUUGCAAGGAGCUACUUCUUGUACCUCGUGUCCUGUUGGGUCUAGAUGAACAUCAACAAGCCAAGCUCCAGAGAGAUGCCCUCUUGGAUAUUACCAGACCUCAGGUGGACAGACUACAUGCGCUCAAUGUCCAGCUGGAAGUAUUUGCCCCAAUCCAGCAGCAAGCCCAUCAGGCUGUGCUUCUGGAACUUACUCUCUUGCUGGGGCUACUGCUUGUCUUCCAUGCCCACCUGGCAAAUCUUGUCCUAGUCAGUCUUCUACUAGUAACUGUAACACUGGAGAGUACUCACCUGAAGGAGUUGGAACCUGCUCUAAUUGUCCUGCUGACUCAUACUGUCCAAACAAAGAUUCAGCUCAUCGUUGUCCUGAAGGAUCUUACUCUGCUCUCGGAACUGCUACUUGUACUACAUGUCAAGUCGGAUACUACUGUACUCAAGGGGUCAGGAACCUUUGUCCCCAUACAACAUAUGCUGAUGACACAGGGAUGAAUCAGUGCAGGAAGAUCCCAUCUAACUAUAAAGUUACAUCUUGGGUAAACGGUGGCAAUAAGAUCAGAGGAGCAAUAAAUAUUGAGAAAUGUGGAAUAAACGAGUAUACUGACGGAAUGCAUGAAACUUGUACAAAAUGUGACGAUGCUCAUCAGUGCCACACAAGUCAAAUAGUCACUCCAUGCCCUCAUGGUCAUGCUAAAUUUGGAGGUGUCCCUUACUGUACUCCAUGUCCUCCAGGAAAGGUAUGAGAUAUUCUAGCGACUGCUGAAACAACAGUUGCUACAGCUGUGGAUACCUGGGCUAGUUCUAAUAGUAAAGAUGAGAAGUAUCCUCUGUUCUCUCCUUACCUUGAAAUCUCUGCUAGAUCUUGUCCAUCAAACAACUAUUGUGCUCCUGAUGGAACUACCUACCAUAUAUGCCCACAUGGAAGAUAUCCCAAGCAAGGAGGGUGUGCUAAAUGUCCUCAAGGUAAAUUCUGCUUGACCUCUUUCAUGAGAGAAGAGACUGUGACUACUGGCAGUGUCUCUUCUGAAGAGGACUCUUUCCCAAGAUUUAAACCACAAGGAUACGUCUGGAAGGGAUAUACCACUGGAUUCCAAUUUGUCCAAGACUGGGUUACUAAUGCUUAUUUAUCCUAUGAUACCAGUACUGCAUUGGGUAAAGUGGCUUUGAUAUCAGGUAGUUCUGAAACUGCUCUAUCAAAUUGCCCCACUGGUUAUAGUUGUACAGCUUUGAUAUACUCAAGAUGCCCUUCGUCUCAUUUGGGAAAAUCCAUAUCAGGAGAAACAAUCGGAACUUAUGACUUGAACCAAGAAGUCAUUCAUAAUUAUGCUACAACUGCCUCUAUUACUUUGACUAAGACUCCUGCUGGAUUUAAUCCAUAUAUUGCUCAAUGCUUAGCUUGUAAUGAAGGAUAUUCAUGCACUUUAGGAUCAGAUCCUAAUAACUGUACUGCUGGUACUUACUCACCAGUGUCUGUGCCUUACUGUAUCAUAUGCCCAGCUGGUCAUUAUUGUCCUGAAGAAUCUGCUUCUCCGACUGCUUGUCCUGUGAAUAAGUACAAUAGCAAGAUUGGAUCUAGUCAGUCAACUCACUGUGAUUCUUGUCCAACAGGAUUUUAUGCUAAAACCGGAUCUGAAAUUUGUUGGCCUUGCCCUGCUGGUCAUAAAUGCGACACUGGAACACCUGUUGUUUGCCCAGUUGGGACUUAUUCUCCUGAAGGAGAACUUGCUUGCUCAGCUUGUCAAGAAGGAUAUGCUUGCCCUGCUGGAUCCACUAUCAAGACUCCUCCAGAACAUAUCUGUCCAAAAGGAUCAUACUGUGAAACAGCUUCUGGAGCAACAUUAGAGACUAAAUGUCCUGGAGGAAAAUAUGGAAUCGCUGAAGGUGCUAUCAGUAGUUCAGAUUGUAUAAACUGUCCUCCUGGAUUUGUCUGCAGAAUUGGAACUGAUGAUUUCACUAAAUAUCCAUGUCCAACAGGAAAUUAUUGCCCUGCUUCAACAACUGUACCUACUCAAUGUCCUACAGGCACAUACAACCCAUCAACUAAUGGAAUCAGUAUCGCUGCAUGUAAAACUUGCCCUGCAGGAUAUUAUUGCCCAUUAGAGACUACCCAGCCAACAAUUUGCCCGGCUGGUUCAUACUGUCCUUCUGGUACAAUAUCAGCAACUCAGUUCAAAUGCCCAGCAGGAACUUACUCUGGAUCCAAAACAGGAUCAAGAAUGGUAUCUGACUGCUACCCAUGUACGAUCGGUCAUUACUGUGCUGAAGGAGCUACAACUCCGGUUCCAGCCCCAACAGGAUACUAUAUCCCUUAUAUGGGAGCUACCUCUGCAGAUGCAGCUAAGAAAUGCCCUCCAGGAUACCCAUGUUCAGGAACUGGAAACUAUGAUUAUAAAGGAUUCUCUUGUGCUAAAGGUCAUUACUGCCCUCCUGGAAGUACUAGCUCUACAGCUAACAAAUGUCCAGCAGGUACCUACACUGACAGAACAAACUUGUGGGAUGCUAGUCAAUGUACUCUCUGUCCAGCUGGAUAUUACUGCCUUGAAGGAGCAACCUCAGCUAAUUGGGUAAUCUGUCCUACAGGACAUUACUGCCCAGUUGGAACUCAAAGUAAUACACAGUACCCAUGUCCAACAGGAACAGUUGGAGCAACAACUGGAUUGAAAUCUGAUACUGAAUGUACAAACUGUACUGCAGGAGGUGGUUGUGGAUCUGGAAGUAGCACUGUUGUCACAUGUUCAGCAGGAUAUUACUGUCCAGCAGGAACCACUACUUCAACACCUACUGAGUACAGAGCUCCAGCUGGAAGUUAUAUCAGUGGUACUGGAGCAACAAGUCAAUAUGAUAAUGAACCUUGUGGAUUGGGUAAAUUCUGCCCUAUUGGAUCAACAGGACCUAAUGCUUGUUUAAAGGGAACAUACUCUGAUAUAUUACGAGCUGCUACAUGAACAACUUGACCUGCUGGUUAUGAAUGAGCUAGCACAGGAAUGAGUGCUCCUACUCCUUGUAAUGAAGGUUAUUAUUCUGCAAGUGGGGCUGAGACUUGUACAAGAUGCCCUGUUGGUCAUUACUGCUAUCAUAAGGCUACUACUCAGGCUACUAUGACUCUUCAAGUCUGUCCGGCUGGAACUAUAUGUAGCAAAGAUUUCUCAGGAACUAACUAUGGGCUAGAUGUGUCUCCAAACCUUGCUGAUCACAAAUGCCCUGCAGGAAGUUAUUGUGAAGGAGGAGUUGCUUCAACCCAGUGUCCUGCUGGAACGUAUAACCCAAUUCCAGGAAGAAAGGCUCUAUCAGAUUGCUUACAAACUCCUGCAGGAUACUAUACUGGAGUAGGCGCAACUGAAUAUCUUUCUACUCCAUGUGCUGCCGGAUACUAUUGUCAUGCAGGAUCAACAACUGGCACUCAGAAUGCUUGUCCUCCUGGAACAUUUAGAGGAGUCACAGGAGGAAGAAUCCCAGAGGAUUGUGCUCUUUGUAAAUCAGGAUAUGUUUGUGCAAGCGAAGCCACUGUUACUCCAGCUAAUUGUGGUCAAGGUAAAUAUUGUCCCCUUGGAACUGUUAUUGCUGAGCUUUGCCCAAUCGGUACUUAUUCAACAGCAACAAAUAAUCCUGACUCAAGAAGCUGUACUAAAUGUCCAGUUGGUCAUUACUGUGGAAGUAAGGGAAUAAUCACUAUUACAACUGCUAUGGAGUGUGAUUCAGGAUUUUAUUGUAUUCUUGGUGCAACCAGACCAGAUCCAACAGAUGGUAUUACAGGAAAGAUUUGCCCAGCAGGAGGUUUCUGUCUUAAAGGAGCAACAUCAGUAUCUCCUUGUCCGACUGGUAAAUAUAAUCCUGCGGAAGGAGCUAAGAAUGAUAGUUCUUGUAUUCUAUGUACACCUGGAAAAUACUGUGCAGGAUCUGCAAACCCAGCUCCAACAGGUGAUUGUAAAGCAGGAUUUUACUGUCCUGCAGGUUCAUCAUCUAAUGAACAACAAAAUGCCACUUCAGGAAAUUAUGCUCCAACUGGUUCAGAUUUCCAGAAGCCAUGUCCUAGAGGGACCUAUGCUCCAUCAAACAAUACAGAAACUUGUACUUCUUGUGCAGCUGGAGAAUACUGUCCGACUGAAGGCUUAAUUUCUGCACAGUCAUGUCCAAAAGGACAUUACUGUGAAGGAUAUGAUGCACAGACUUCAGCAAGCAAAUAUUACGAAGCUACUCCAUGCCCUGUAGGAACCUAUAAUGAAUUUGAUAGUAAAGGUGCGCUCUCAGACUGUCUGCCAUGCCCUGCUGGUAAAUACUGUGAUAAGAAGGGAUUGGAGGCACCUGCAGGAGACUGAGACCCAGGUUUCUACUGUUUAUUAGGAAGUCCAUUCAAAAAUCCAGCAUUUGAUGAUGUAAGUUCAAAGUAUGGAAGAUGUCCAAUGGGUAAACAUUGUGCUGCAGCAACUUCAACUCCCACUGAUUGUGUUCAAGGAAAAUACUCUAUGAUGACAAAAUUGGUUGAUGCAACUUACUGUAAGGCUUGUGAACCAGGAUAUUAUUGUGCUUCUGCAGGUAUCUCAGCCCCAACUGGACCAUGUACCCCAGGAUAUUUCUGAGCAGAAGGUUCUAUCAGUCCCACUGCAGCAGAUUGUACAGCCACUAACUACUGUCCUCAAGGGUCACCAAAUGAGGAGAGAUGCCCAAUUGGGUUCUACAACACUGCUACAAGACAGGGUUCUUGUACCGAGUGUGAAGCAGGUUCCUUCUGCUUCGAUGGACAAAAGGCUGACUGUCCAAAGGGUUAUUAUUGCCCAUAAGCUUUUACUCAUUCAAUUACAUCAAAUAUA